AUGCGUCUCCCGAGCGAGUCCAAUUCAGCGGCAGAUUUCAUCCGCGGUAGCUUCCGCAGCAUCCGAUCGCGUCUGUCGGAUCCGGGGACGCCUCCAGCACUGCCAGCUUCACCACCGACACCAGUGAUCGCUGCUCCAGAAGCAGCCCAACAACCGAACACGGCAGGUCAGGCGAUCUACAAUCGAGCCACGGUCGAGGUGCAACCGGUGGUGAUCCGCAAAACGCCCAAAUUUCCGUCCCGCGAACGUCAUCUGGCGAUCCGGCGCAAGAACAGGGUGCCACCACCGGCACCGGGGCUGCCGGAACUGUCACCGCCGGCGUCGCCCGUGUCCUGCGGCAGGAGACUCAGCAACCACAUCAUGGAAGAGCGGUUAAAGCCACCGAUUGUGCUUUCGCGCUGCUCGUUACCUAUACAGGAGAUCAUAGGUUCGAAGUAA